AUGUCCGCCGCCGCCGCCGCCGCCGCCGCCGAAGAGCUCGAAAGCUUCAUCGAGUGGUUCUAUUCCUUUGUCAGCGACCGCAAGCCCCUAGCCGCCUUUUACGUCAACAGCAAUGCCAAAUAUGCUGCCGUCGGCCUCGCCGCCGACAUCUCCAUCAACGGCCUCGUCUGUCCCACACCGGCCGACUUUGAGGCCCUCCUAGAGACCCAGGCAACGGGAAAGAGUGCCGGCGCCGCCACCAAUGGCGUUGGCAGCAGCAAUGGAGCCACGGCCAACGGUGGUGCCUUCAAGCCAAACAAUGCAUCCUCCUCCACUCCCAUCUCCCAGCGCGUCCGCUACGAUGUCGACAGCUUCGACGUCCACGUCCUCAACCCCCAGUUUCGCCUCGCCUGUCCGGACCAGCUGUUACAGCGGCUGAUUCCCACCGGUCCCAGCGGCAGCAGCGGAACCGCCAGCAGUAGCAUCGCACAGCUGCAGCAGAAAAUGGCCUCGCUCCUUGUCCAGGUCACCGGUCACGUCGUCUACGGCGGCGGAAAGGACGCUGUAAGAGGACCGUUCACCGAGGUGCUCGUGCUCGUCCCCAACUGGGAUGUGCUCAUUGCUGGAGCCAGGGCACCGCGUGGCCUGCGCAGCCAUCUGAUUCUCAGCCAGAACUUCCGUGCGCUGUGA